CGGGGUGUGGCAUUAUUCAGCUGCACAACAGCCCUCGGGGAAGAAGCUGUUUUCCACUCUGACUGUCUUGUCGGAGAUGUUUCUGUGUCACCGACCAGACGGCAGGACAUUGAACAGAGAGUGUCCGGGACGGGAUGGGUCUUUAAUGAACGUUACGAGCACUGACAGCUGUCGAUUGUCUCCAGGAAGUGCCUGUCCUGCUGGUCCAUCGCCUGCCUCCUGCCCGGGACUGACCCGCUGAGAGCAAGCUCGCCGACCGCUGUGCGGGGGGCUCCUGCUGGCCCCCCAGACCCCAAGGUUCCUCCCCGCCAGUCGACCGGCGCCAUGGUGGCCGACAACGUCGUCCCCCGGGCCACCGGCGCCCCCCUGCUGGUCCUGCUACUCUGCGGGGCAAUCGGCCCCGCAUGGCUCUCCUUCCCUCAAGUGUGCCCAGGGACCGACAUGAAGAUGACGCAGACCUUCACUCUGGAAAACCAUUACUACACCCUGCGUAAGGUCUACGAGAACUGCCGGGAGGUGCAGGGCAACCUGGAGAUCACGCACCUGAAGGGUCACCUGGACCUCACCUUCCUCAAGGAUAUCCAGGAGGUCCAGGGCUACGUCCUGAUCGCCCACAACGAGGUCAGCUACAUUCCGCUGGAGAACCUGCGCAUCAUCCGGGGGAGCCAGUUGUAUGAGGACCGCUUUGCGCUGGCCGUGCUCUCGAAUUACAACCGUUCGGGGACCGGUCUGCGAGAGCUGAGGAUGAGGAGACUGACAGAAAUCCUGACCGGGAGCGUCUGGAUCAGCGACAACCCCUACAUGUGCUUCCAGGAGACGAUUCAGUGGGACGACAUUCAGGACAAGAACAACAAGUUCCCCUUCGCCGGGACCGUGGACUGGAAUCGGACCGUCUCAUGUGAAAGCUGCAGUCCUCUCUGUGAGUCGUCAUCGUGCUGGGGUUCGGGUCCUGACUACUGCCAGACGUUGACUCGGAAGAUCUGCGCGCAGGAAUGCCUGACCCGCUGCAAGGGGACGCACCCUACGGACUGCUGUCACAGCGAGUGCGCCGCGGGCUGCGUGGGCCCCAAGGACACCGACUGCCUGGCCUGCCACCACUUCAGUAACGGAGGUCUCUGCCGCAGCGACUGCCCGCCUCUCAGCAUCUACAACGCUCAGACCUACCAGAUGGAGCACAAUCCGGACGGGACGUACAUCUUUGGGGCCAGCUGCGUCAAGCAGUGUCCGUACAACUACCUGUCCACCGACGUGGGGUCCUGCACGCUGGACUGUCCGAACGACACCAGGGAGGUGAUAGACGGCGGCCGGCAGCGUUGUGAGAAGUGCAAUGAGCCCUGUCCCCGAGUGUGCAGCGGUUUGGGGGUGAACGUUAUGAAGGAUGUCCGGGCAGUGACCUCCAACAACAUUGACUCCUUCAAAGGCUGCACCAAGAUCUUCGGCAGUUUGGUUUUCCUCAACGAGACUUUUUACGGUGACCCGUCCGCAAAGAUCAAACCCCUGGAUCCGAAGAAGCUGCAGGUCUUCAGCGCCGUGACAGAGAUCACAGGCUACUUAUACAUCGAGGCCUGGCCGCAGAACUUCACCACCCUGAAGGCCUUUGAGAACCUCGCUACCAUUCGAGGACGCGUGCUGUACAGUGGUGCUUAUGCACUGUCAGUGCAGAACCUCACGAUACAAUCGCUGGGACUUCGGUCUCUGAAAGAGAUCAGUAACGGGCUGGUGUUUAUUCACCACAACCCUAACCUCUGCUAUGUGAGUACCAUUCCCUGGAGGCAGCUUUUUAAGAAGGAUCACCAGGAAGAGCUGAUAACAGCCAACAGGCUCCAGGACCUCUGUGAAGCCGAGGGGCGCUCCUGUGACAGCCUGUGCACCAACGGCAGCUGCUGGGGACCCGGCCCGGCGCAGUGCCUCUCCUGCACGUACUUCCGCGGUCAGGAAUGCGUGGAAUCCUGCAACUUGUAUGAGGGCUCGUUCCGGGAGUACCUGAGCGAGUUCAACUGCAUCGCGUGUCACCCCGAGUGUCUCCCCCAGAACGACAGCCUCAGCUGCAGUGGCAAGGGCUCCGACGCCUGCGUGGCCUGCUGGCACUACAGGGACGGCACACACUGCGUGGCCAAGUGCCCCAGCGGCCUGCACGGCCACAUCUGGAAGUACCCGGACGAACACGGCCUCUGCCAGCUGUGCCCCAUGAACUGCAGUCACUCGUGUACGGCGGGUGAAGAUGGCUGUCCGGAGGAGCCCAUUCACAGCCAGGUGACCUCGGUGGUGGCCGGGAUCGUCGGGGCCCUGCUCUUCAUGCUGCUCAUCGUCCUCCUGAUCGUCUGGUGGAAACGCAAGGUCUACCUGAAGCAGAAGCACAAGAUGAUGAGGCUCCUCGAGCAGAACAAGCUCGUCGAGCCAGUGAGUCCGAGCGGCGUUGUUCCGAAUCAGGCGCAGAUCCGAAUCCUGAAGGAGACGGAAAUGAAGAAGGUGAAAGUCCUGGGAUCUGGCGCCUUUGGAACCGUUUACAAGGGUGUCUGGAUGCCAGAGGACGAAGACGUGAAGAUACCUGUCGCCAUUAAGGUCCUCAGAGAGGGAACGUCGCCCAAAGCGAACAAAGAAAUCCUGGACGAGGCGUACAUCAUGGCGGGCGUGAGCAGCCCCUACGUCUGCCGCCUGCUGGGGAUCUGCCUGACGUCCACGGUGCAGCUGGUGACGCAGUUAAUGCCGUUCGGGUCCCUGCUGGACUACGUCCGCGAGCACAAGGACCGCAUCGGAUCCCAGCACCUCCUCAACUGGUGUGUGCAGAUCGCGAAGGGAAUGAACUACCUCGAGGAUCAAGUCCGAUUGGUCCACCGCGACCUGGCAGCGAGGAACGUACUGGUGAAGAGCUUGAACCAUGUGAAGAUCACAGACUUCGGGCUCGCCAGGCUCCUGGACACGGACGAGACGGAGUAUCAUGCCGACGGCGGAAAGGUGCCGAUCAAGUGGAUGGCUCUCGAGUCGAUACUGCACCGGAGGUUUACCCACCAGAGUGACGUCUGGAGUUACGGGGUGACGGUCUGGGAGCUGAUGACGUUCGGUGCCAAGCCUUACGAUGGGAUCCCGGCUCGAGAAAUCCACGAACUGCUGGAGAAGGGGGAACGCCUGCCACAGCCUCCGAUCUGCACCAUCGACGUCUACAUGAUUAUGGUCAAGUGCUGGAUGAUCGACUCGGAGUGUCGUCCCCGCUUCCAGGAGCUGGUGGCAGAGUUCUCCAAGAUGGCCCGGGAUCCCCAGCGGUAUAUCGUCAUCCAGGGCGACGAGCACCUCGUACCUCAGAGCCCGACCGACAGCAAGUUCUACCGGACACUGCUGGAGGACGAGGACAUGCAGGACCUAAUCGACGCGGAGGAGUACCUGAGUGCGAGAAACGUGGCAGAGGCGGGGGCGCAGGGCUCGGCCCCUGCCCACAGCCCCGGCCCGGCCCGUCGGCCCCCCUCCCAGGUGGAGGUCCCGGUGGAGGCGGAGGGCUCCGGAAACCGGCCGGACCCCUGCUGCGCGGCCCAGGAGGAGGGGCCCGGCCAGCGUUACAGCUCGGACCCCACGGCCCGCCUGGACGAGGAGGGAGAGGCCGCCUUCGAGAUGGACAGUUACAUCGCGCUGGGCAGCGAGAGCGCGGCCGCAGGUUACAUGAACCAGCGGGGCGAGGCCCUGGGCCCCGGGCAGGCCGGAAGGGGCGGACGGUUCCCCCGGGGCAGUGGCGGGAACGACCUCCUGCUCCCAAGCAGCCCCUUCCAGAACACGGUGCAGAACCCUGAGUACCUCUCCGACGACGAGCCGGCCCUCGAGCCUGCGGACUUCUGGGGCCCGGACUCCCGCGGCCUGAGCCAGCCCAACGGCUACAUCCGCGUGGCGACGGCGGAAAACCCUGAGUACCUCGGCCUGUCGGAGACCAGCAGCGUGUAAAAGGGCAAUGGAGGCGGGGGGCGGCCGUAUCUUUAUCGGUGAAACCGACCCCACCACAGCCCUCGUCAAAUGGGACCUGGCUGACUGCACACCAGAGACUGAGGGGGGUGGGGGCCAGCGAGACCCAGAGAGGGCAGGGGUGGGCUUCUCCCUGGACAAUGCUGUUCGUGAACGCUGCGCCCGUGUCAGCCAUCGGUCUCCCCAAGGACUUACCGCGAAUGAAACUGAGGAUCGCCACCCCACCGCGCCCGGAGCCCAUUCCCCAUCUGUGGUGGGCUUCAUUCCGUUCUGUCACCCCGACGUACCCCCUUUCUCACACAGUCACCCCUCCUCUCUCCCAUUCCACCUUUGAAAUGACACGGCCCGGCCAGUCGCGGUCUGGUGGGCCGAGUUCCGAACAAUGCUGCAGUGAGCGGAUUUUUUUAAUGAAUGUUAUCGAUUUUGUACAUCUGAUUUGGGAAAUAGUUUUGUACGUUUUGAGAGAAAUAUUUUUUUUUCUAGAUGUCUGCUGUGAAUAUCUGAGGUGAGGGGAGACGGUCUGAUCUGGAAGGUUGGCGACGGGAUCUCAGAGGGUCGGAACGCGGUUCCUGAGCUCAAACCGUCUCCCGCCUGGGCGCCUCUGUUAGUCUGAUGAGUCGUAGGCACGCGAUUGCGCUGGUGGUAAGACCCGUGAUUGUACCCACCGCGCGUGGCGCUGAUUGGAUUGUGAUUUGAUCAUCGGACACGCUGACUGCGAGGAGAGCCCGCGUUUACUGGGCGCCAGAGAGCUGACUGCGGUCCGCACUGAACUCGGGACUACAGGGAAGGACUUCUGAUCCUCGCCCCUCCCUCGGGAGUGGCGUGAGACUGGCUGGCACUCCCGUUUCUCCUCCCAGCCACCGUGUCCUAGAGUUAUUCUUGGAAUCUGGUACGAACAAUAAAACUCGCAAUUUUUGAUCAGCUUCUCA